AUGUUUAGUCCACUUGUUACUCGGCGUAAUGGAAAAAAGCAGGCAUGCGAGCCUUGUCGGCGCCGAAAAGUGGCGUGCGACCACGGUUAUCCAAUAUGUCGCCGUUGUAGGAAACGGCCGAAUGGUGCAUCUGCGUGUUACUAUGCAUCGCCUGAACAAGCAGCGACCCCCUCUCGAUCGAGACUUUCUCAGCAACCAGUGUCUGAAGCAUCGGCUUUGAACUCCGAGGCCGCGGUCCCCUCAGCUCAGACACGGAAUUUUGGACCUGAUGAUGGGCUAUGGAGCUCACCUGCUGCGAGACCGCCGCAGGGCUUUUUUGGACCUACAAGCUUUCCUGCGGCGUAUCAGGAGACUGAAGCGAGUUUAGCUGCGCAAGGCCCCUGGGUUGCAGAAGCCAAUGCUCCUCCUUCACCAUCAGUCUCGGCUCCACCGUCAGUGGCUGAGUUACAAAGCAUGGUAAGUAUGGAUCAAGGAGCAAGCCAACUGGCCACCAAAGUCCUCCAAGCACUACCUGAAAAGUCUCUCCUGUAUAGAUCCAGACCUGAGGUUAGCCUUGACGAUGACUGGUUGGCUAGCGUUGGUGAUAGACUCCUAACUAGUACCUGGGACACAUUCAGAUCUUAUCUUGGCGAUAAAGCGAAUACAGUAAAGUUGCGCGAGAUGGGAAGUAAAAUAUGUAUCAACACACGAAAGACACUGAGGGAGGAUCAGGAUGACCCGGUUGCAUGGAUAGAAAGCCUCUCUGGCCCCAACCUAAGGUGGGAAACUGUUGGCGUCAUAUUUCUCUACACAGCUCUCAGCGAGUUAUCAACUACUUCAAAUGAAGAGUCAAAGAGGAUUAUACGUCACUGCACCGAGUACUGCGCUUCCUGUAUAACUCUUGCGAACAUGGGCGGGAGUUCUGGUACUCUUAUGCUGUUUCUGAUGUACAAGCGGUCUGUUCUCCAUGCGUGGAUGCAUGGCGAGACAAGCCUGCCGUACUGGAAGUUUCACGCCGAGACAAUAGCGAUGUUGACGUUUUCCGGACUCCAUGACAAUCGGUCCAAGUCGUCACAAAACGUGUCAUCAGUACCGACCGAGAUCCGCAAGCGUAUAGGAUGUCAAAUCUUCAUAGUCGACAAGUUUCUAGCAACCUUUGUUGGGAGACCGCCUCUUCUGACACGCAAGUUCUGUUCUAUCAAGUCUCCACUUGACUUGGAAGAAUCAGCCUUGCUCUCCGACAAAGAGACCUUCCAGAGGCAAUCUCAACGCCUAGACCUGGAUGGAUGGAACACAGAUGGUCGUAUCUACUCGAGCUCGCUUUUGCGCGUUCGCAUGAUGAUUGCGCUCGUCAGAGACGAGAUCCUCGAAAUUGUACUCGCCCAGGACACACAUUCCAGCAUAACAUACAUCAUGACCCUCAAAGAGAAACAACUUGAACUCUACAGGCAGUUACCUCAUCACUUUCUCUGGGAUACUGCCCAGGAAGAAAUAAGAGAAAUAAACCUUGAAAAAGGAUACCCAAAGCUGCUGAUAAGACUUGAUCAUUUGCUGAACAUGUUCCUCCUCCAGCGAUUGUUCGUCAAGCACGGUCAUCCAAGAAAUGAGCUUCUGCGAACCAGUUUCGAGAUGGUGGUUUUGACGUUGAACUUUUGGGCCCAGAAGCAUAUAUGGGCUGCUUUGCAAGGUAAAUGCCGGUGGAUAAUCAUGGGAUAUGCUACUCUCGCUGGAGCUGUCUUAUGCAUGGAACUCAUAGAGCCCGUCCCAGUUACCAUAUCACCACAGGAUAGCAUCAUCGCCAGCGAGACAUAUUCUCGAUCAUCAAUCAUUCAGCAGCUCAGCCUUCUAUUGGGAUAUCUCAAGACAUCAUGCCCGUCGCAAACGCAUUGUUCAGUGGCGCAUAAUGUUAGGGGCGUGAUAAAGAAGGUCCUUGACCAUAUUCUGAAUAAUCAGACUGUCACUCAACCGAUGGUAGAGUUUGGUGGAUUAGAAUUUGGUGGUAAUUGGGAUUAUUUCUCGUCUUUUAGUGCGCUGGAUAACUUUGACUGGCUGAUGGAGGAGCGUGGCAUUGAGGAGACCUCUGGCAUGCAGUAG